UUUUUUUUGAACCGGGUCUUAUUUCAAAGUAGUUUGGCUUGUCGUUGACCCACGAUGAACUAUUAUUUUGUUAUUUGUGACAGCAAUGACUGCUCCUGUUGUAGCUGUUAGCAGGUAAAACUGCGGGAUUUAUUUUAUUUUUUUAUCAUUUAUCCCUUUUUCCCUCAGGUGUCUCUUUUGCUCGUGGCACCAUUUCUUCUGCUUAAAAAAAAAGACUAUUUAUUUUUUUAUUUUUUGACUGGCUGGCUGUUUUUUUUUUGUUUUUUUCCCGGGAUUGCCCCAGUCAUCCCCCUCCAGCUGCCAGUCCCACCGAUACCAAUACUCGCUUUUUCUCCUCAUUUCUCCCUCCCCACCACCAUGAGUUACAUCCACAAGGUAUUGAAUGUUUUGCUACGUGGACUCGUCAUCUAUGCGGUACUGGGCUUGGAGUGCACUUACUCGAAUGAUCUAGCCAGCCACUCGUCUGAUGCUGCAAAUGUAGCCGCCACAGACCCCUGUCUCAUUGUGAUGCCGCCAUGCAUGGGCGAGGAGGACCGCUUCAGUCUGGAGGCGCUGCGGAUCAUCCACAAACAGCUGGACGACGACAAUGACGGGGGGAUAGAAGUCAACGAGAGCGUGGAGUUUAUAAUAGAAGACAUGAAGCAGCAGCAAACCAACAAACACAGCAACCUGCACCAUGAAGACCAGCACAUCACUGUGGAGGAGCUGUGGAAGGGCUGGAAGACCUCUGAAGUCCACAACUGGACCGUGGACGACUCGGUGCAGUGGCUGAAGGAGUCGGUGGAGCUGCCGCAGUAUGAGAAGAACUUCCGGGACUUCCGGGUGACGGGGAACACGUUGCCUCGACUCGCGGCAAAUGAACCGUCGUUUAUGUCGAUGCAGCUGAAGAUAUUAGACCAGCGGCAUAAACAGAAACUAAACUUAAAGGCGCUCGACGCGGUGCUUUUCGGCCCUCCACUACGUCCUCAACAUAACUGGAUGAAGGACUUUGUCCUGAUGGUUUCCAUAGUGAUCGGUGUCGGGGGCUGCUGGUUUGCCUACGUGCAGAAUAAGUCCAGCAAGGUGCACAUCUCCCAGAUGAUGAAGGACCUGGAGAGCCUGCAAAAUGCUGAGCAAAGCCUCUUAGACCUGCAGAGCCGGCUGGAGAAGGCUCAGGAGGAGAACCGGACGGUGGCCGUGGAGAAGCAGAACCUGGAGCAGAAGAUGAGGGACGAGAUCACCGGGGCCAAGACGGAGGCUCACAGGCUCCGAGAGCUGCGGGAGGGCGCCGAGUGUGAACUCAGUCGGCUCAAAUACGCAGAGGAAGAGCUCGUACAGGUGCGGAAGGCCCUGAAGCGAGCGGAGAAGGAGAUGCAGUCGGAGCGGUCGGUGCCUGAAGCGCUGCAGAAGUGGCUCCAGCUCACACACGAGGUGGAGGUUCAGUACUACAACAUCAAGAAGCAGAGUGCUGAGUUUCAGCUGUGCGUCGCCAAAGAAGAGGCAGAGAAAAUAAAGAAGAAAAGAGGUUCAGUGUUUGGAACCCUUCAUGUCGCCCACAGUUCAUCACUGGAUGAGGUGGACCACAAAAUACUAGAAGCAAAGAAGGCCCUGUCGGAGGUGACGGCGUGCCUGAGGGAGCGUCUCCACCGCUGGCAGCAGAUAGAGAAGCUGUGUAACUUCCCCGUGGUGAAUAACUCGGGGCUGCCCAGCCUGACGGCCAGCCUCUACUCCGACCACAGCUGGGUGGUGAUGCCCCGAGUCUCUGUUCCUCCUUAUCCCAUCGCAGGAGGAGUCGACGACCUGGACGAGGACACGCCUCCCAUCAUUCCACAGUUCACAACGGCCACGCUGAUCCGGCCCUCGCUGACCCGCAGCAGCAGCCUGUGUCGUUCCCGCCGGAGCCUGAUGAGCUCCCCCCAGUCCUCGCUGCUGUCCCCGGACCCCGACCUGCUGUCCAUGGCCAGCUCGUCCCUCUCCUAUCGCCCCGAGGCCGACGACGAACAUAUCAUGUUCAGCUCGGAUAGGAGGGGGUAUGUAGCGGUGGCCGGAACGCCGCGGAAUGGUUUUACAGUUUGGACUCACAGGGAGCCGGCUCAGGAGGGCAGCUGCGACACAGACUCUCUCAACUCUUCACUGGGCCGCAAGCAGCUGCACAGCUCCUCCUCCUCCUCGGACGCCCCGUACCGCAAGAUCUCCCGCGAGGAGCUGCUGCUGUUCGGCCAGAGUCCGGAGCUUCCCGCCGCCUCCACCCCGGCCCCCUCCAGCUCCCACACCACCACCACCACCACCACCACCAGCAGCAGCAGCAGCAGCAGUCUCAGGGACUCCACGCCUCCUCCGCUGCCUCCCACCCCCUCCGGCCCGCCCUCCACCUCCCCCUCCCCGGCCUUGGAGCACCACCCGUUUGCACACAGAGGCUCGCCCGACCUCACCCGCAUCAUCCCCGAGUCCCAAAGUGUAACCUUCUCGCAGGGGAGCGCCACCUCUCCGACGGGCAAGGGCGUGUACAACGGCAUCCUGGAGAAGUCCUACAGCUUCGGCCAGCUGCCGGCCAGCAUGCUGCCCAACGUGGGCCGCUACCCGUCCCUCACCUCCCUGGACUCGGAGGGCCGGAGCGUGGGAAGGGAAUACAAGCUCCAGAGCACCUCCUCCCAGGACUCCAGCGACAAUGGAGAGAAAAUCAAGCGCUCCUCCUCUAAAAUCAAAAGCUUAUUUAAGAAGAAAAAAUAAAACUUCCAGAGUGAGAUAGUGUUGGAGAGAGAGAGAGAAAUAAGAUAUAAAAGAGUGGUUUUAGCUCAAUAAUAAAAGAAAGAAAAGAAAGCAAAGAUGGACAUCACUGUAAGCUAAAACAUCGCAUUUUCUCUCUUGUUUUCGUCGUCACAGAUGGAAUGUAGCUCAGACUGGGUGCCUUUAAAUGCCUCAGGCUGCUAGCCUUAUUUUCAGUAAUGCCUUUUUAUUUAGUUCACUCAUAGCCUCACAGGGAAACCUGCAAAGGUAAAAGGAAGAGUCAAAGAAAGGUCAAAGGUCAUGGUAGUUGUCA